CACCGCAAUGGCGAGGAUACGUCAUCUUUUAUCGGGCUUGAUAGCCGCUCUUACUUUUGCCAAUGUCGUCACAGCAUCUCCACAGGUCAAUUAUCCUUUGAAUCUCCAGCUGCCACCAGUCGCCCAAGCGGGCAAGCAAUAUAACUUUCAAUUUGCGUCGACUACGUUCCAGCCGAAUCCAGAUCAACUUCAGUAUUCUCUGGUGGGGAAUCCUACAUGGCUUCAUAUCAACAGCAGUAGUCGAACCCUAUAUGGCACUCCAGAAGACAACGAUGCAGGGAUCGUGUCGUUCAGCAUCACUGCGGCCGGCGAGGCGGGUGCAGUGGCCACCAUGGAAUCAAAAUUGAUGGUCGCAAGGGAUGGCCCUACGGUGGUCGGGGAUAUAUCGCAACAGCUAGCGAAAGCUGGUCAGCUCACAGGGCCCGCCAACCUGACUCUCCUGCCUUCAAAGCCGUUUGAAAUCAGAUUCGAUAAGGACAUUUUCGAUUUCAAGGGCAAGAAUGUAGCAUACUAUGCAACUUCAGCAGACCACACCCCGCUACCAUCGUGGAUUAGUUUCAACGCUCAAUCAUUGAGCUUUUCGGGAACCACCCCUUACUCUCCAGCGCCCCAAGUGUUUAAUAUCAUCAUCAUAGCUUCCGAUAACCCAGACUAUGCAGAAACAUCGGCUGCUUUCACCCUCGUGAUCAGCAAUCAUCAGUUGCUGUUCCAACCCCUCUCGCAAACGAUAAACAUGUCGAAAGGCGACAGGGUUCAGAUUGCCGAUCUAAAGCAUAAGCUUUUUCUUGACAAUGCUUCAGUCACGGACACCGACAUUCAAAAUGCGACAGCCAAACUGCCAUCCUGGUUGACCUUCGACGAACGCUCUUUCGAAGUGGCUGGCUUACCUCCAGCUGGCCUCAUGGCGCAAGACUUUAGCAUCACGGUCACUGAUAGAUAUGGAGACGUCGCAAAACACACCGUGCACAUAGCUUUCACUUCGAAAUUAUUCGCGGCUGGUGUCGAGCCUCUCAAUAUAACAGCAGGAGAGCCCUUUCAAUACACCAUACCAAAGUCGAUACUAUCCCAAGAAGGCGAGUCCGUCGGCAUGGAAAUGAAGGAGCUCGGAGAAUGGCUCAAGUUUGACCCAGACACUCUAUCAAUCCAGGGAACUUUACCAAGUAACAUUAAUCUGCAGGAUGCAGAGCUGACAAUGACUGCUUCAACAAGCGACGGGGCUGUCAAAGACUCCCAAACCAUACCUGUCCGGGUUUCCACUGGAAAUCCCGGGGUUGACACUGGUUCCCAGAUCGCAGACGACCCAGUCGCUCAGCAUAGCUCGUCGCCCCGAAAGCGGGCAGGUAUCAUUGUCGGCUCCGUCAUAUCAGGAUUGGUGGUCACAACAAUACUACUAUGCUUGAUCUCAUUCAUAUGCCGGCGAAGAAAAAAGCAAAGGCAAGGGUAUAUCAGCCCCAAAUCGCCACGGAGUCCUCGAAAAUCAGACAUCUCACGACCAAUUCCUCCCGUCGUGGCAGACUUUGGCGAGCUCACUGCAGCUCAAGAUGCGGACCUCGAAAAGGGAAAAGAUGUAGUCAGAGUGCCUGCCCCUGUGUUAGAGCCCCGGCCUCCCCCGAAAAUAGAUUUGCCGUUGCGAAACAGCAGAGACCAUUCUCCUGCCAGUUUCCUCGAUGAUUUAGACGACCAAAUCCUGGACGAUUUUAAUAGCUCACCUCAUGGAUUCUCGCAGCAUGAAGCUGGACCAUCGGCAUGCCCCGGUGAUUCUAUGAGGGUACCGAACGAGAUGCUUCGAAGAGAUUCAGAACUCUUCAUGCACCCCGGAAAGAAGCGGAAAAGCCAAGUAUAUAAGGACGCGAAUAGCCCGAGUCACUCGAUAACUCGUCAUCAGAGAAGCGUUCGACGUGGACCUGUACGCCUUACAUACUCCUCGUCUCAGAGCACAAACUUCACCGCCCUGCGUCGCCGAUCUCUGAAAUCUAGCUCUUCAGCUACGAAUACCUUGAGCAUGGCUUCAAGUACGCCUAUCGCUGUUCCUCAGCCUACCAAAAACAGGCAUACCACCCAGGUGACGACACCUUUGGAAACACAACCCAGUAUACGCGUCGUCCCGGAAAUGGACCCCCCGAUGAGCGAGAAGAGAAACAGUUGGGCAGAUCGGCGACAUAGCUAUUUCAGUAAACGCGCUUCUUCGCAGAAAUCACCCUUCUUUGGCGGAGCAGCAGCUCGAUCAUCGUCUGGUAGCUAUAGCUACAACAAGCCGCCAGCAUUCCAUGCAGAUACCUCUCUUCAGCAAUCAUCAGCCAAGGUUGUCGGACCGCACGAUGGUACUGUACCGAACGGUGGGACAUUUCUCGACGCUUCAGACACCCCAAAGAUUCGUAGACCCGCCGAGACGCCGUCUCCCCACAGCGAACGCGGUGAGUUUGCUCGGUCUCUUCGCCACAAACGUAGCUCUCUCAUUCGCCGUCAUAUGGAAGGAGCGGCGUCAAGAAAGAUGACCUUGGAAGACGUGAAAAAGAAUAUUAUCCCAAAUCCUCAAGCAAGGGACCUAAAGACGGGCCUGAACAAGGCCAUGCAGGAGGAAAUUUACGAGGACUCUGAGCGAAGCGAAAGCCAAUACUCGGAUGAAGAAAGUGACAUCGAAGAGUAUGAUAAUCGCAAAACUAUCACACAAGCCGACUUUGUGCAGCCAUUGGACGUGAAUAAGAUCAAAAGCAAGAAGGAGAAGGAGAGGCGGAACAGUCAAAGGAGGGAACUGAAGUUGAAGCGUGCCAGCGAAAGAGAAGCUACGCCCUACUACUCAUUGUCUAACGAGCAUGGCGGCAAGGAGAACCUCACUCCCUCACCCAGUAGCAGCAUAUAUCAACAGAGAGACAUUAUAUCGAGCCCCACCCGAAGCUCUCUGCCAAAAUCACAGUUCUCUACAUCACGGUCGCCUACACGGCCCAAAACCUCAAUAGGCUGGCGAUCAGUCCAAAGAUCACCGCCGCGAGUCACCCGCACAUUCAGCAACUCAAGCACAAAACGUCGAUCCCAAGGACGUCGCCCACUAUCUCAAAGUCAUUUGACAGCAACAGAUGCCCAUGAACGUCACUCCCGCAGAUCCAUUCACGCACGCCCACACUCGCGACAUUCGCCUAGCCCAGCGACCAAAAAAUCCCGCGAACUCUCCCGCUCACAAUCUUCAUCUUUCCCACACAUUGCCUCUAGAAGACGCUCCGCCAGGAAAGAAGACAUCACCACCGUCGAGAACACCGGGCCUCCUCUCCCCAACCACCAUCACCGCUCCCGUAGAUCAGAAAGCAGCACCCUCCUCGUCAACUACCCACACGACCGCGACAUCUCUGGGAAUCUCAUCAUGCACCACAACCCCUCCCCCUCACCAUCCUCUCACAUCGCACUCCCAUCUCCGCCUACCCUCCCACCAAAAAGCACCCGCAGAGCCACUGCCGCGCCUGCCCUUCCAACAAAACCAUCAAAACGCUCUACGCGCGUCAAACAUCAUCAACAUGACGAGACGUCGAGCCCCUUCUUCCAGGCAAAACGAAGCACGGUAGGACUUUCAUCUCCUUCUUAUUUCUCGCCUCUAGUGGGGAAACGCCAUGUCGCUGCUGCUUCUGCUGCUGCUAGCCCGGCAUCACAGUUCCCUCCACAUGAGCCAUUACCUCCUACACCGACGUUAAGCUGGAUGCCUGUCUCGGAGAGUUCAGCGGGGAGGUCGACGAGGCGGGAGAGGGAGAGAAACGGCAAUAGUAAGGGGGAGAAGGAGAACGGGAUGGUUGGGCUGGGCGUUUCUUUUGAGAAGGGGAAGAGGAGUCCGCUUGGGGCUUUUCGAUGGGAGGGUCGUGCGGAUCGGAGGAGUGGGGGAUGGGGUGUUGAGAGCGGGGAGAGGCUUAGUGGGAGGGGGAUUUGGGAGACGGAUGAUGAGAAGGCUAUGCUUUGAUUUUUUUUGAAGGGUGUUUGAUGAGGUAGAGUGUGCGAGGUGCUGGAAAUAUCUUCUUAUAUCAUUGUCUUUUGAAGGAAGAUUGGAAUGUGUUUUUUUUUGUAGGCUGUUAAGUUUUUUAAUUCAGGAGGUGUGCUUUAUGCUCCAGUCUUUUUGCUUUUUUGUUUUUGAGUAGUUAGCCAAAAUCACUCAUUCUCUCUCCCCUAAUCAAAUCACUGCAUCUUUCCUUUCCCGUCCAUCUCCUUUCUUUUGUUCCGUUUCACAUUAUAUCCUACGCACGCUCUUUCUAAUGACAUCGUCAACCGCUCUCAAUCCAUCCGUUACAAAGGUAUGUCGUGUAUGUAUCUUCAUAAUGAAAGAGACUCGUCAAUUCCCACUUGAACAUACUUCAUCGUUUCACUACGCCUUGCCCCCUUUCCUACCCACCCAUCCACUCUUUGCGUACGCUAUCAACAAGACGUUAUAAAUAAACCGAUCGGCACUCAUAAAGGCGCCUUACCUAACCGCAUGACUACUCUUCCUCCUGUCCAUGAAAAGUACGUAAACGGUAAACCCUGCAUUUCCAGAAAACCCAAGCAAAGAAUAAAAAAUACACUCCAACCAAUUCCCUGAAGUGAACAAGAUCUCCGCAGAUCUCGCACCACCAUCCAAUCUCACGAAGGAGCUAGUCUUGAAUCCCCCAACCCCAAGCGCGCGCUGAACACGGCCCUCAACUAGCAAGCGAGCGAGCCCGUGAAGCGCUGGCUCCACGGAUCCUUCCAGAGCAGGCAUAUAAGUUCGAUAGUUUAAUUCGGUAGGAAGGAUGUUCGUGUUCGACCGCUC